AUGGAUACAAAAAAACUUCCUGAAAGGUUCUUCCGGAAGAAGGCAGAGGCUUUCAAUCGCAAAGUUAAACAUGCUAAACAAAGUGUCACUCAGGUUGCGGCAACACUACAUAAUGUAUUGCCUGGUUCUCUCGAGAAGGAAGAUGAAAAUGAGGUUAUCACUCAAGAUGCUAUCGUGAAAGAAGUUGAUAUUGGUUCUGCAACGAAGCGUUUUGACAUCAAAUUGCAAUAUGGCCCGUAUGCGAUUGACUAUUCACGCAAUGGCAGAUUUUUGGCUCUAUGUGGUAAGUCGGGUCACAUCGCGGCGUUCGACUGGAUGGUUAAGAAGCCUCUUUUUGAGAUCAAUGUCUCCAACGAAUGCAAGGAUAUUAAAUUUCUUCAUCAAGAAACAUUCGUAGCCGUCGCAGAGAAAAAUUACGUUGCUAUAUAUGACAAUCAAGGUUUGGAAGUACAUUGUUUAAAAAAACUGAAUGGCAUAUUACGAAUGGAAUUUCUCCCAUAUCAUUUCCUUCUGGUUUCUUCUGCCGACAAUGGGUUUCUUUACUAUCUAGACUGUUCUGUUGGUACGAUUGUCGCCUCAAUACCUACGUACAUGGGGCGCCUUGGUGUCAUGUGUCAGAAUCCUUCUAACGGGGUUAUUUGUUUAGGGCACAAUGACGGUGUUGUAUCGAUGUGGGUACCCUCAGAAAAGUCGUACGUUGUCAAAAUGUUCACACAUCCAACUGCUAUUACUUCCAUCGCCUGCGACCGAACUGGAAGCUACUUAGCAACUUGUGGAGUUGAUCGAAAACUAAAGAUAUGGGAUUUGAGAUCUACUUAUGAUCCUCUUUCAGAAAUCUUGCUGCCAGUAUCUGCUUCAACAAUAGAUUUUAGUCAGCAAGGUUUAUUAGCACUGGGUGCAGCCAACACUAUACAGAUUUUGCGUGAUCCCCAUUCCAUUCCAUUGUCCAAUACAUCAAAAAUCUUUGAACCGAUUUCACCUAAUGUUAACCAACGAGUACUUUCGAAUGCUUAUCUUUCUCACUAUGCUAUUCAUCCAGUUCAUCGUGUACGCUUUUGUCCGUAUGAGGAUGUUUUAGGAGUAGGUAGUUCUGCUGGGAUUUCAUCCAUUCUUUGUCCUGGAAGUGCCGAACCUAAUUAUGAUGCUUUAGAAGAAAAUCCUUUCGCUAAUAAACGUUAUCGACAAGAGAGGGAAGUUAAACGACUUUUAGAUAAGAUUCCAUACACAAUGAUUUCAUUAAAAUCAAUCGUUGGCGAAGUUCGUCGUGAAGAUCUUUUAGAGGAAUGGGAAAAGAAGAAAGCUGCAUUGCUGGGACAAAUUCCGAAAAUUGAUACACCUGUUAUUAAACGAAAUAAGCAGAAAGGUAGAUCAAAACCUGGCCGAAUCGAGUCGAAAAAACAAAAUAUACAUUUUGAACGCAAAAUGUUUACUAUUAAAGAAGUUCUAGGUGUACGAGAAGCUGAGGAGAAGUUGAAACGAAAAGCUUCUUACAAAAAAACCAAUGAUAUAAGUAAAUUAUCAAGACCUAGCGAAGCAUUAGUAACGAAAAAGAAAUUAGCGAAAAGACGUACCAACACUGCUUUGGAUGUGUUGAUUCCACCGAAAGAAUUUUAA